AUGGCUCCCAAGCGCGCGGCCGAGGGCGCGGCAGCAUCAUCCUCAGACGCCCAGAAAUCCAAGAAGCCUCGCAAGGGAUUCCGCGUCGGACCAGAGAACCUCCCGGACGGUCCAUGGCGUAGAAAAAUCGAGAAGAAAAAGGCUGAACUCAUCCACAAGGCCAAGAUCAAGAAGCAAUACGCCAAAAUCAAGGAGCGCGAACUCGCCGCCCGCUCAUCAUCCAACCCAGCCCCCGCCGCCGUCGCCACUGUUCAUGAGGAACCAAGAUCCGACAACAACGACGACGAGGACGCGUCGGCCGCCUCGCCAGCACCGCAAUCCACCCCCAAGGACCCGGAAACCCAGACUACCCCAUCAGGCCCGGACCCGUCAGAACUGCACCCGACCCGCCAAGACCUCCUCCUCACCGAGGAUGGCGAGCUGCCGAACCCGAACACCAUCGCCGUCAAGCGCAAGCACGGCGGCGGCAAGGACGCAGACGACGAAGGCAACGGCGAGGGGGAGGACGACGCGGGGGUCGACCGCUACGAGCCGCGCAAGCCCCGUCGCCCCCGCAAGCCGGGCUACUAUGAGAAGCAGCUCGCGCACGCCGAGAAGCGCAAGGCCGAGGCCGAGGAGCGUCGUGCUGAGAUGCAGCGUCGCCGCGAAGAGCGGGAGCGCAAGACGGCUGACCGUGAGAGGUUCCGUCGUGCCAUGGCCAAGGCUCGUAAGGGUGACAAGAACGGUCAGCGCAAGCUCGGUCGGGAGAGCUCGCUGUUGUUGGAGAAGGUGAAGCGCAUGGUGGGCGACUCAAAGUAA